UUCUGUAAACGGAAUUUGUGUCUUUGGAGCUGUUAAUCAGGCAGUCUACGGGGCACUCUAAGUACGGGGUCCUCGCGGCCUUCUCUGCUGCCUCAGCUUCGGUCCGGAGAGGACCCGGCGCCGAAUCAUUGACUUUCCCAGGUGUCGGGAAAAUGAUCCACAGUCUGUUUCUCAUAAACUGUUCCGGUGACAUAUUUCUAGAGAAGCACUGGAAGAGUGUUGUGAGCCAAUCUGUCUGUGAUUAUUUCUUUGAAGCUCAAGAGAAAGCUGCUGAUGUUGAAAAUGUACCACCUGUCAUUUCAACACCUCACCACUACCUCAUCAGUAUCUACCGGGAUAAGCUCUUCUUUGUGUCUGUCAUACAGACUGAAGUGCCACCUCUCUUUGUUAUUGAGUUCCUACAUCGAGUUGCUGACACUUUUCAGGACUACUUUGGUGAGUGUUCGGAGGCUGCAAUUAAGGAUAAUGUGGUCAUAGUAUAUGAGCUCUUGGAAGAAAUGUUAGACAACGGAUUUCCACUGGCAACAGAGUCUAACAUUUUGAAAGAACUGAUUAAACCACCAACAAUUCUACGUUCUGUUGUCAACUCUAUUACAGGCAGUAGUAAUGUUGGGGACACACUCCCCACUGGGCAGCUGUCCAACAUUCCAUGGCGCCGGGCAGGAGUAAAAUACACAAACAAUGAAGCCUAUUUUGAUGUCAUUGAAGAAAUAGAUGCAAUUAUAGAUAAAUCAGGAUCUACAGUCUUUGCAGAAAUUCAAGGAGUCAUUGAUGCUUGCAUUAAGCUAUCUGGAAUGCCCGAUCUCUCUCUCUCUUUCAUGAACCCAAGGCUUCUAGAUGAUGUCAGUUUCCACCCCUGCAUCCGAUUCAAGCGUUGGGAAUCUGAACGAGUUUUGUCAUUUAUCCCUCCAGAUGGAAAUUUCCGACUCAUAUCAUAUCGUGUCAGCUCACAAAAUCUAGUGGCAAUACCAGUGUAUGUGAAACACAGUAUCAGCUUUAAGGAGAACAGUUCUUGUGGCAGAUUUGAUAUAACAAUUGGACCAAAGCAAAAUAUGGGAAAAACUAUUGAAGGAAUUACAGUGACAGUUCACAUGCCAAAAGUUGUGCUGAAUAUGAACCUGACACCAACACAAGGCAACUAUACAUUUGAUCCAGUCACCAAGGUAUUAACAUGGGAUGUGGGGAAAAUCACUCCACAAAAGCUUCCAAGUCUUAAAGGACUGGUAAAUUUACAGUCUGGAGCACCCAAGCCAGAAGAGAAUCCUAGCCUCAACAUACAGUUCAAGAUCCAGCAGCUUGCUAUUUCAGGCUUAAAAGUAAACCGCUUGGACAUGUAUGGGGAGAAGUAUAAGCCAUUUAAAGGAGUCAAAUAUGUCACGAAAGCUGGAAAGUUUCAAGUGAGGACAUGAGAAGAGGCCAAAAUUCCUCAACAAGAUCAAUUUGUUUUCAAGUGUCAUUACAAUUUACUAUUAGGUACCAAAUGGGCGGGAAUACAUAUUCUAGUUAAAGCAUUUGUGUUGAGCUAUACACCACUAACAAAGUUAUUUAGUAAUUGAUGUAGGGUUCUUAAGGAGCUUUAAGCUAAGGAAUCUUUUCUAAUGACUUAGCUUAUUUUGUAUCUUUUCACUUAGGAAGAUUAUGGAGGUGAUUUCUUCCAUAGGUGGGUACCAGCUGGAUGCUGCACACUGUAACAGGAAAGGCAGAAAACUACACUGAUAACCUCACUUGCUCUCCUAAAGCCAGUGAAUUGGUCUUAUUCAGCAGGAACUGUCUCAAUCAGUGAUGUGACAUGUCAGGUGCAGCCAAAUGUCACACCUCCUGAUCUUAGCCAUCCCAGUCCUAUCUGUCCUAACAGAGGAAAUUCCCUCCACCCAAGAAGUUUACAAAAACUGCCUCUUCAAGUGUUUGCCUUAUUCAGCUUUUCACUUGUGCCAUUAAGCAAGCACUGUAGCAAAAGCCACUUCCACAUGGCCCUGGCAGGGAGCACUACUGCUCCAUGCUCCAUUCACACUGUACUUGGUAUUGUAUUUUUUAUAAUAAGAUUUUUAUGUAAAGCUCAAGAUUUUGAUUUACAAGGACCUUGCUGCAGUAAAUACCAUCUCGACUUUGUGCCACCGGUUCAGCUGUUAGCACAGUAAAAAUCAUUUGUAUCAAAGGGGCAAAUGCUUUAUUAUGGUAAUAAAAGGGAACAUACUUUUGCUUUCAGGAAGUUAUUACAAGCAUAAGUGUUUGUGCUUUUAAGCAAAUUAAGGUAGAAAAGAGAAACUUAAGUGAAACUUUAGCCAUCUUCAUGCUUUAUACAGAUUUAUCCAACAUCACUUAUCCCACAGUUAACCUAAAUGCCUCAUGCCCUAGUUCAGCAAGAGGAGGAAAAUGUACCUGCCUCAUUAUCGUUUUUUUUUUUUUUCUUUUUAAAUCUUUUAUCUUUUGUUGAAUAUGCGUGCAUCCCUUUUCUUUAGAGGGAACUCCAUUUCAUACCAUGUGCAUGUCAAGGCUAUUAUGAUGACUCCCUCCUAAAACUGUUGCACAAUGGUCAGUGCAGUAAUUUAAUAUCUGCUAUACUGACAACAGUAGGUGGAAGAACCUUAUUGAGGCAGAAACAAAAUUCUUAGUAACAUUUAUGAUACCGUAUUGAUCAUCAUGGUUAGAAAGUCAGUCUGUAGUUGUUACCAUUUCAUCAACUUCAUUGGUUUAGUAGUCCUUGCCCAAUUAUUUUGCCUCGUUAGACAUGAAAAAAUGAAGGGAGGCUAGAAGUUAAAACUUAAGUACUCUUCCUGUUUCUUUGUUGUUACUUGUGCUAUUAAGUUUUCUUCUCCUUGUGGCUCCAUUCUUUUUUCUUUUAUUGUUUCAGCUUAUAACUCUCUUUUCCCUGCCACUUUAGGGUUAUCUUACAGUCAUCUCAUUUAUUUUGUCAAGCGCUGGUGGUUGGUGCACCCAUUGUACAGUAGCAUUCUUACCUUUGCUUGCCUAGGGCAUCCAGUCUGCCUUUCACAUAGUAACAAUGGCACUUUUUACAACUUAUAAAUUUGUAGAGUAACCAAUCUCAGAUUGGCAGCUAGAGUCAAAAUGUUGCCAAAUAUUUAUUCCCUUUAUCUAAUAUUGCUUUAUUCAAUUGCUUGUCCUAUUUUUAUUAUCUUAGAGUUCUUUCCUCAAAAGAGCAAUCAGAACAUUUCCUCUUUCUUCAGAAUCCCUAAUCUCAACUGUCCAUACCUGCACUGUACAAUUUUCUUCCUGUGCUGUCUUAUAUUCAAGUAGAAUGUAUGCCAAGAGUCCCUUGCCUCUAUCAAUUUCUGCUAAAAUGUCCAAGUAGACUUUUUCCUUCUACAAUUAAAUUAUUGUAUUUAUUAAUUUGAUAGAGUCCAAUAAAUUCUUUCAAUAGCUCUGGCUAUACUGUCAAUAAAAAAAAUGAAAGCAA